UAGAGGUCUUAGGUAGUAACGUUGCAGCGCUAUAAUUCUUUUAUUUACUGAGAAACGUAAUAUAUUACAAGAACGGACAACCACUGUCUGGAAUUAAGGCACUCAAAAGAUAUCGGACACUGAAAAUGGUGCUGUUGGCGGCAGCAGUUUGCACCAAGUCUGGGAAGGCGCUGGUGUCUCGGCAGUUCGUGGAGAUGACGAGGACGCGCGUGGAGGGCCUGCUAGCCGCCUUCCCUAAGCUGAUGAACACGGGCAAGCAGCACACGUUCGUGGAGACGGAGAGCGUGCGCUACGUCUACCAGCCGCUGGAGAAACUCUACAUGGUGCUCGUGACCACCAAGAACAGCAACAUCUUGGAGGACCUGGAGACGCUGCGCCUUUUUUCACGUGUGAUCCCUGAGUACUGUCGAGUGUUGGAGGAGAGCGAGAUUGCCGAGCACUGUUUUGACCUCAUCUUCGCCUUCGACGAAAUCGUCGCCCUGGGUUACCGAGAGAACGUCAACCUGGCCCAGAUUCGAACCUUCACCGAGAUGGAUUCGCACGAGGAGAAGGUGUUCCGAGCUGUCAGAGAGACCCAGGAGCGUGAGGCCAAGGCGGAGAUGCGGCGGAAGGCAAAGGAGCUCCAGCAGGCCAGGCGGGACAUGGAGAGAGGGAAGAAAGGCCCGGGGUUCGGAGGUUUCGGCAGCACGGGGAUAAGCGGCGGCCCCGUCAUCACAGAUCCUCUGAUAGAGCCAGAGAAACCCAAACCUGCUCCUGCUCCUGUCAGGCCCAGUGGACCCAGUAAGGCUCUGAAACUGGGCGCCAGAGGGAAGGAGGUGGACGACUUUGUGGACAAGCUCAAGUCGGAGGGAGAGAAUAUCAUCCUCCCCGGCACGGGCAAAAGACCGUCAGAAGCAUCCAAGUCCCUGCCCCCCCCAGUCAACACAGAGAGUGUGCACCUGAGGGUGGAGGAGAAGAUCAGUUUGACCUGUGGGAGGGACGGAGGCCUGCAGAACAUGGAGAUCCUGGGCAUGAUCUCCCUCAGAGUGUCAGACGACAAGAACGGACGAAUCAGGCUGCUCAUCAACAAUAACGACAAGAAGGGCGUCCAAUUACAGACCCAUCCCAACGUGGAUAAAAAGCUGUUCACGGCAGAGUCUGUGAUCGGUCUGAAAAACCCCGAGAAAUCUUUCCCUCUCAAUAAUGACGUGGGUGUGCUGAAAUGGAGACUACAGACCACAGAUGAGUCCCUCAUACCACUAACAAUAAACUGCUGGCCCUCGGAGAGCUCCACUGGCUGUGACGUCAACAUCGAGUACGAGCUGCAGGAGGAGGCGCUGGAACUCAACGACGUCAUCAUCUCUAUCCCCUUACCGUCAGGGGUCGGGGCCCCUGUGAUCGGUGACCUGGACGGAGAGUAUCGUCACGACAGCCGGCGGAGCGUUCUGGAGUGGUGCCUGCCCGUUGUGGACGUGAAGAACAAAACGGGAAGCCUGGAGUUUAGCAUCGCCGGGCAGCCCAACGACUUCUUCCCCGUCAGCGUCUCCUUUGUAUCCAAGAGCAACUUCUGUGACAUACAGGUCACCAAAGUGUCUCAGGUGGACGGAAACAGCCCGGUCAGGUUCUCCAUGGAAACGGCGUUCGUUGUCGACAAAUACGAAAUAUUGUAAAGGAUGUUCUCGACGUCAAGAGAUUUAAACAUAAUUAAAGAAAAGAAAAGAAAAAAAAACAACAACAACCGACCGACAUCGAAUAUAACCUGAUCCAUGGAUUCACAACCUUUAAAUAACACGAGAGAGAUUGAUUGGGAUGGAGGCAGAGGUCCAACUUCAGCCUCUGUCAUCUUCAGCAGUACAUUCAAAUGAACCUUUUUCAAAAAAAAAAAAGAAAAAAAAGAAAGAAAAGUUUCAUUCUGACCGUGGCUGGCAGUAUUGGCUGUAUUUCUGUCUUCGCAAGAAAGAAAUAUGAUUGCGUAAAGGGAUCGAUGGACAGAGACUCGGAGAACGAACUGCAAAAGCCAAAAUUAUCGUGCCGGAUACUGGAGGGAGGGGCUAAGGGGGAGUGGGGACGCUAUUACCAACACGGGAUUGGCUAGAGACAAGAGGCUGAACCAAUCAGUUCAUCAGUCCUCCCCAGGCAUAGACCUCAGUUAGAUCAAUGCUAGAUGGAGAAUAUGGAGUAGGGGAAUGAUGUAGUUUAGCUUUAAAGGGAAGAAUAUCUGAUUGUGACUUGUUUUGUUUUGUUUUUCAUAUGACCUGUGGAAGUUCUGAUGUUGAAUCCUAAAUCAUGUAAAAAAAAAAAAAAAUGUCAAUGCUGGGCUGCUACCUGACAGAAUUCUGAUGUUGAGGGUUUUUUUAAAUUUUUUUUUACUUGUUUGUUUGGUGCAGUUUAAACACUAGAAUCCACCCCUGCUUGGUCUGGAGACGUCCGCUGUACUCGCCAUCGCUUCCUGAGUCACGGCCGAAGGGUGCGCAGUUGUUCUGCUGGUACUUUGCAUCAUAAAAGGGACCUGAGAUUUUGGGGGUUUUUUGUUUUUCUUUGGGGGGUGGGUGUUUCUGUGGGACUCGGUUUUUAUUGAAUACCUUUUUUUUUUUUUUUAAACCCAGAUGAUCAUAGCUAAGCGGUUUUGUGUUCCCACCCCUAAAGCACUGAGCGGGAAUAAGCAGGCAACCUUUAAACAUGACGGCAUGAACGGCUUUGGUCACAGGUCUGGAUGCGUCUCUCAGGCAACAAGCUGAAGCACUUCAACAACCCACACGGGUCUGACCUCAUUUUUCCUCUGCUCCUGGUCCAGUUAGAGAAGCCCCCAGUUCACAGUGACGCUCAAAGUCUGCUCUGUCUGCACAGGUAUAAGAGUCUGACAUAUUGCCAUGUUUUUGGUGUCAUGUGUGACAUUUUACAUUGUACACACCCCCAGAGCAGAAACGAAAGCAAACAAAGCAAUUCACGCAGUUUAAAAAAAAGACCUUCAUUCAUCCAGAGUAUAUUACAGCAAUGCCUUUAGCCUUACCUCCCCUGCUGUUGGUUAGAAACUGUCUCUACGUCAAGCUCCAAGAUCAUUGGCUCUUGGGUUUCAGAGAUAACCAAUAGGAUUAUGAGAAGUGUGAUUCCACACUGGUACUGAGAGAGUCAGCCCGCCCCAUCUUCCCCUCCUCAGCUCUGUCUCCAAACUCAACCCCACGAUGAACAUCACAGCUCUCUGUCACUCUCAUCCUGUCCAGUAAUGCCUUGAAUCUCUGCAUCGAUUUUUUUUUGUUUGUUUUUGUUUUGGUUUGGUUUUGUUUUGAAGAGGGAAAAGGAAAUAUAAACUAUGUUUGUUCGAGUAAUUCUCUUUUUUUUCUGUUUGUUUGUAUUCUUUAGUUUUAUUUUAAUCAUAUUUGUGAGUUGAAGAGUAAGAAACACAACGACUUUUGUAACUCUGAAAUGAUGAAAUUAGGGGUAAGUGAACCAAGAACAUUCCAAUGUAAAAUGAUAUCAAAUUAAAGAUUAAAGUGUAUGAUAAAGACAAAA